AUGUCUCAGCAAUCGUGUGAUGCAUCUCACGUAUCUAACUCAGCAACACCGAAAGAAUCCGAUAACCCUAAUAGGAUUCUGAAGGUUGUACCUUUAAGGACGAUUAGCAGUGACGAAGUAAAGGCCACGAAGUCUAAAACGGCACAUGCAAAACGGACCAAGGAGGGUAUUCGUAACAAGGGCGCCAAACCUUCUUCAUCUAAUACCAUAGAGGAACUUACUAAAGAAGGAACCAGAUAUGUCAAUAAAACAAUUACCAGGAUUGUUACACGCAUUCUGAAGGAAAAUAAUCAAGUGUAUGGGAUAUAUGUCCCUCUUCAAACCAUAAUGCCUGAUCCCAUCAAGAACACCAGUAAGGCUAAAGUUGCUCACACUUCUGGUUGUGACCUAGAUGAAGAGGAUAUCGACAAAGAUGGACAAGGAAUUGCUGAGAAUACCAAUGUUACUGAGGUUGUCAAUGACAUCGAAGAUAAUGAGCACACUAAGGUCAAUACUGAAAAAAGUACCAAUGUGGUAGACUUAGAUGAGUAUUCUGACAACGAGUUGCUUGCCUCCCUAAAUCCAAGUGUAGCCAACAGGCUAAUGACUAGAAGAAAAGGCAAAGUUGUUUCCCAAAGUUCCCCUAAAAAGAGUGCACAAGUGAAAAGCCCUGUCAAAGACUCUAUCAAGAAGAAGAGUACUUGUGCUGGUCCUAUCAAGAGACUGGCUAUUGAAAGGGAAUUGGCUCCAAAUGCUCUUGAGAACAAGGAAGUCUUAGAGCUAAUUCAGGAAGCUGGACUAUUGAAGACUGUUUGCAAUCUUCCCAAGUGUUAUGAGAAGCUGGUCAAAGAAUUUGUGGUGAACCUAUCUGAAGAUUAUGGAAACAGCAGGAGUGUGGACUUCAGAAAGGUGUUUGUGAGAGGUAAGUGUGUAUCAUUCUCUCCUUCUGUUAUUAAUAAAUUCUUGGAAAGAACAGAUGAAGCUCAACCUGAGCUUGAAGUGACAGACAACAAAGUUUGUCAAGUGAUCACAACCAAGCAGGUAAACAGCUGGCCCCUAAAAGAGAAACUAACUACAAGUAAGCUGAGCAUCAAGUAUGCAAUGCUUCACAAGAUAGGAGCAGCGAAUUGGGUACCAACGAAUCACAAGUCCACUAUCUCAACUGUUCUUGGCAGAUUUAUGUAUGUUGUAGGAACAAAGGCAAAGUUUGACUAUGGAACAUAUAUUUUCGACCAAACUAUGAAGCAUGCUGGAAGCUUCAGUGUUAAGGGUCCAAUUGCCUUUCCAUCCCUCCUGUGUGGUAUAAUUCUGACUUAG